AAUGCUCUCGUGACUCUCUCUGUCUCUCUUCAUCACCAAAACCUUUCAAUUUUUAAACCAAUACACACACAUCUCAUCUGCAACCAAAUCUACUGCCAUUCACUUCAUACUUCAGAGUUCAGAUCUCUCUCUCUCUCAUUGCACUUCAAGUGGAAGUCUGAACUCUGAAGGAGCUUAAGGAAGAGCAAAUUUUGCUGCAAGUGGAAAAAAAAAUGACCAUUGAUAUGCCACCAUCUGUGGCACAAAGUGUGAGGACUAAUAGAUCUUCAUUUAGUUCAAGCUUUGGCCAUGAGGAUAAUACCCCUCUUCACCACUAUUCUGCUGUUAGUAAUGGUGAUGGCUAUGAAAGUGAUAGCUCAAGUUUUGCACCACCCACACCAAACACUCUAUCAACAGCUAUUCCAGCUGAACUUGCUGGAGUUGUACCCUUGAUUGAUAGAUUCCAGGUAGAAGGAUUCUUAAAAUUGAUGCAUAAACAAAUUCAAUCUGCCGGCAAACGAGGAUUUUUUUCUAAAAGAUCUGUGGGACCUCAAGUUCGAGAGAAACUUACAUUCGAGGACAUGCUUUGUUUCCAGAAGGAUCCAAUUCCAACAUCAUUGCUUAAGCUGAACAGUGAUCUGGCAAGUCGUUCAACAAAAUUAUUCCAGCUAGUUUUGAAAUAUAUGGGAGUUGAUUCAUCUGAUCGUGUAUCUCCAAUUAGCUUAGACGAACGAGUUGAGCUUGUAGGCAAAAUAUACAAGCAAAGUUUGAAACAUUCAGAACUCCGAGAUGAACUUUUUGUCCAAAUAUCAAAACAAACAAGGAACAACCCAGAUAGGGAAUCAUUGAUUAAAGCAUGGGAGUUAAUGUAUUUAUGUGUAUCUUGCAUGCCUCCUGGUAAAGACAUUGGGGGAUAUCUAUCAGAAUAUAUUCAUCAUAUAGUAAAUGGUGUGAAUACCGGCUCCGAGAUACGAGCCCUUGCAUUGAAUACAUUGAGUGCAUUGAAGCGCUCUGUCAAGGCUGGUCCUAGACAUAUAAUUCCAGGGCCCAAGGAGAUUGAAGCUCAGUUGACUGGGAAAAAGCUUACAACUAUAGUGUUCUUUCUAGAUGAAACUUUUGAAGAAAUUACGUAUGACAUGUCAACAACGGUUGCUGAUGCUGUUGAGGAACUUGCAGGGAUCAUCAAGUUGUCAACAUACUCUAGCUUUAGCCUCUUUGAAUGUCGCAAAGCUGUUACUGCCUCGAAAUCACCUGAUUCCGAGGAGUACGUUGGGCUAGAUGAUAAUAAACAUAUUGGGGAUCUACUAGCAGAAUUUAAGGCAGCAAAAGAUCGAAGCAAAGGAGAAAUUUUGCAUUGUAAAUUGAUCUUCAAGAAGAAAUUAUUUCGUGAAUCAGAUGAAGCUGUGACAGAUCCAAUGUUUAUGCAGUUGUCCUAUGUACAAUUGCAACAUGAUUAUAUUUUUGGAAAUUAUCCGGUUGGAAGGGAUGAAGCAUCCCAGCUAUCUGCAUUGCAAAUUUUAGCUGAGAUUGGAUUUGUUAGGAGACCCGAAUCAUGCUCUGACUGGAGCUCAUUUCUUGAGCGAUUUCUGCCUAGACAAAUUGCAAUGACACGAGCAAGACGGGAAUGGGAGCUGGACAUUCUUUCGUGCUACCAUUCACUGGAGCAUUUGACAAAAGAUGAUGCAAGACAGCAAUUUCUGCAUAUACUCAGGACACUUCCAUAUGGGAAUUCUGUUUUCUUCAAUGUGCGCAAGAUUGACGAUCCAAUCGGGCUUUUACCUGGACGAAUAAUAUUAGGAAUUAACAAAAGAGGGGUCCACUUUUUCCGUCCAGUUCCCAAGGAGUAUUUGCAUUCAGCUGAGUUGAGAGAUAUAAUGCAAUUCGGAAGCAGCAACACUGCAGUAUUUUUUAAAAUGCGAGUUGCAGGUGUUCUCCACAUAUUCCAAUUUGAAACCAAGCAGGGUGAGGAAAUUUGUGUAGCUCUUCAAACACAUAUAAAUGAUGUAAUGCUCCGUCGCUACUCAAAAGCACGGACUACUGCUGGUGGUUCUUUGAAUGAAGAUAUCUCUAGUAAUUUCAAGUCUCCUAAUUUGGAAUCAUAUGAGAAGCGUGUCCAAGAUUUAUCAAAGCUUGCUGAAGAGUAUAAAAGAAAUGCUGAUCAAUUGCGUGAAGAAUUGAAUGAGAAGCGAAAACAAGAAGAGAAAAUGCUACAAGAGUUGGAGAGCUUGAACGAAUCCUUGAAUGUUGAUAAGCUUAGUCUUGAGGAAGUUACAAAUGACCGUGAUAGGCUUAUCUCAUUAUGUGAUGAAAAAGAUAAGGCUCUUCAGGCUGCAAUUCUAGAGAAAAGGAACAUGGAAACAAGGAUGACCAAGUUGAAUAAAUUGGUUAUAGAGAAAGAGAACACUACCCAAAAUGAGCCUAUUGGAGCAAAUCAGCAAGUUUUACAAAAGCUUGAAGCUGAGCUAAAACUUUGUAAAGAUGAGCUUCGUGUAGCUGAAGAAACCAUCAAAAGCCUGACAACUGACAAAUUGAUUUUGGAGCAGAGGCUGUCUAGCCUUGAGAAGAAAAAUUCUGAAGAGAGUUCUUCUAUUCAAUUGAAACUUGAACAAGAACGCAAAACUCUGAAAGGUCAAGUUUAUGACCUCGAAAGAAAAGUAGAAGUAUUCAGACAAGAGUUAGUUGCUGCUGAGUCUACACUUUCAGCCAAGGACUCUGAAUUGACUGCAUUGAAGAGCAAUUUGAGAGAGCUUGAAGAAUUGAGAGAAAUGAAAGAGGACAUUGAUAGAAAGGACAAACAAACAGCUGCCAUAUUGAAGAUGCAAGCAGCUCAACUAGCUGACAUGGAGUUGCUUUAUAAAGAAGAACAAGUUUUGAGGAAGCGAUAUUUUAAUACAAUAGAAGAUAUGAAAGGCAAGAUAAGAGUGUAUUGUCGGUUAAGGCCUCUAAGUGACAAAGAAAUUGCUGAGAAAGAUGGAGAUUCUCUUACUACUGUAGAUGAGUUUACUGUUGAACAUCAAUGGAAAGAUGAUAAACCAAAACAACACAUAUAUGAUCGUGUGUUUGAUGGCAAUGCCACUCAAGAAGAUGUAUUUGAGGAUACAAGGUACUUGGUGCAAUCGGCUGUAGAUGGUUAUAAUGUCUGCAUUUUUGCUUAUGGUCAAACUGGUUCCGGAAAGACAUUUACAAUUUAUGGAUCUGAAAGCAACCCUGGCCUUACCCCACGUGCCACUGCAGAACUUUUUAGAAUUUUAAGGAGAGACAGUAACAAGUUUUCAUUUUCCUUGAAGGCAUACAUGGUGGAACUAUACCAAGAUACACUUGUUGAUCUUUUGUUACCAAAGAAUGCCAAGCGUUUAAGAUUGGAUAUUAAGAAGGACUCAAAGGGAAUGGUAGCUGUGGAAAAUGUAACGACCGUGUCAAUUUCUACCAUGGACGAACUGAACAGCAUAAUACAAAAAGGAUCUGAAAGGCGACAUACUUCGGAAACGCAAAUGAAUGAAGAAAGCUCAAGAUCUCAUCUUAUUCUAUCAAUAGUAAUUGAAAGUACUAAUCUUCAAAGUCAAUCAGCUGCAAGGGGAAAGCUGAGUUUUGUGGACCUUGCUGGUUCAGAGAGAGUGAAAAAAUCAGGUUCUGAAGGUAGUCAACUUAAAGAAGCACAAAGUAUCAAUAAAUCAUUAUCAGCACUUGGAGAUGUUAUUAGUGCUUUAUCCUCUGGUGGACAACACAUACCUUAUAGGAAUCACAAGUUAACUAUGUUGAUGAGUGAUUCAUUGGGGGGAAAUGCUAAAACUCUCAUGUUUGUGAAUGUGUCUCCAGCACAGUCUAGCUUGGAUGAGACUCAUAACUCUCUUAUGUAUGCAUCAAGGGUGAGGUCAAUUGUGAAUGAUCCAAGCAAAAAUGUUAGUUCAAAAGAGAUAGCUAGGUUGAAAAAAUUAGUUGCUUAUUGGAAGGAACAAGCAGGUAGAAAAGGGGAGGAUGAAGAUUUAGAAGAAAUUCAAGAUGUAAGACCUUCUAGAGAUAGAAUUGAUGGCCGCCAUUCUAUGUAGAGUAACUAUUUAUUAUUCAAUUCUAAGAAAAUAGGAACUGUCAUUUGUUGUAUUUUUGGUUUUGCUUCAUUGGAAUGUCAUCUGUUAAAUUUUCAAGGUUGCAUGUGCUUAUAAAUAGGUUGUAAGGUAUAAUUUUUUUUUUUUUUGGAGGGAUGUAACUCUGUAU